AUGACCACCGCUUCUUGCGUUUUUGAGGACCGCUUCUUGGUUCGGUCGAUCGACAACUCCAAGUUCGAGCGCGUCUCCAGGCUGAGCGCCAAAAGCACCGGCUUUGACGCCGAACUCCUGCUGGACGUCAAUUCUGACCUUUUGCAGGUCAACAGCAAGGCUAUGCUUCACAUUCUCAUCACGAACUCCUUGCUGCCCAGUGGCUCCGAGGUCAAUUUGAGCGAGUCCCCUGACGUUCCCAGCCUCCUCGGGGACUACGAGUAUGCCAUGUACGGUAAAAUCUUCAAGUUCGAGGAAGUCUCCUCAGAAACGCGGACUAUUUACGCCUCCUUCGGUGGACUUCUCAUGUCCCUCACUGCCGACAAGCAGGUCGUCGCCGACCUCGACCUCGAUAUGAAGAUAUACAUUUUGGUUAGGCGCAUUUCCGCCAACAGAUAA